UAAAGAUAGCCAAGCCUGAUUUCUUGCACUGCCACGGAGAACCUUUGACUGACAGGGAUACUGCCUGAAGCAGGGCCUGUUCCGCUUGGGAACAAGAGCUGGCCUUGUGAGCACCACAUCCAGGAGAUGGCUUUGCUGUGUUACAACAAGGGCUGUGGGCAGAGGUUUGACCCAGAGAAGAACACCCACGACUCCUGUCUCCAUCACCCAGGUUUCCCUAUCUUCCAUGAUGUCUUGAAGGGCUGGUCUUGCUGCAAGAAACGAACCACCGAUUUCUCCGAAUUCCUCUCCAUAAAGGGCUGCACAAGAGGGUAUCACAGCAAUGAGAAGCCCCCAGAGCCUGAGGAGCCUGAGUCAAAAAGCAAAACCAGCUCUGAGAUCAUUGUUCGGGGGCCAAAGUCAGUAGAGAUGAUGGAGCGUGAAAGACCCAGUCCAGAUGAACCAAUGAAGCUACUGCCAGUGAAGGUAUCUGAGUCCUUAGAGCAGGCCCUAAAGAAGCUGGAUUUGUCAUCCAAGGAGCAACCAGCAGUGCAAGGCACUGUGGGCACUGAUGCUGCCCUUCAGGUGACACUUGGCAUGACCUGCAAGAACUCUGGCUGCAAGGCGGUUUACCAGGGGGAAGAGAGCAAUACGGAGACCUGCAUAUUCCACCCUGGGAUCCCCGUCUUCCAUGAGGGCAUGAAGUACUGGAGCUGCUGUGCAGUUAAAACAACAGACUUCACUGCAUUCCUGGAGCAGAAAGGCUGCAGCAGAGGGAAGCACAUCUGGCUGAAGAAGCAGGACAGGAAACUGGUGUCUUGUCGGCAGGACUGGCACCAAACCAGCAGCCAAGUGGUGGUAACUGUCUAUGCCAAGACCCCUCUGCCAGAGCUGAGCUUCGUGAAGGCCAACCGUACUGUGCUUGACAUCCAUGUCAUCUUUGAGGGAGACAAGGCUUUCCAGGCAGAGUUGGAUCUCUGGGGGGUCAUCAAUGUGGAGAAAAGCUCUGUGACCAUGGUGCCCUCCAAGGUGGAAAUUACCUUGCAGAAGGACAGCCCGGUCACCUGGGCCAGACUGGAGCACCCGCAGAGCAGAUUUCAAGCCAAGCAGCAGCUGGAGGCAGAUACCUUGGAAUGCCAGGAAGCCAGAGGAGCUCCUGAGGAGGAGGAGGAGUCAGACGACAGCUUGAGCUGGUCAGAUGAAGAUGAGGAGCAAUGGCAGGAAGGCCAGGGCAUGACCCCUUCCAGCCUGGUUUCUAAUGGCAAUUGAGUGCAUGUGGCCACUGGAUUCUGAGGCUGGGGGCAGGCGAUAACGGCCUGUUUCCCCUUUAAGGCACUACUCUGCAACAAAACAGAAGGGCCGUGGCUCUGUGGUACAGCAGGAGUGGUUGCUGUUUGGCAGAAGUACCCACUGUUCCUCUGCUCACCAGAUCUUCAGGGCUGCCUGGCCUGUUGGAAAAGGGGGUGGGUGGGGAGAGCCAGGGAUGGUGGGAACUGGCACCUAAAAUUUCUCAGCCUUUUGCCUCUUUAGUGUGCAGCUGUUUCUUACCCCUGAAAUAAAAGAUACCUUGUUGAGUAUGGGACAACACAGAAGAUCUCCUGCAACUGUUAU